AAAAAUUCAAAAAAAAAAAGAUUAAUUAAUCCAAGAUGGCUGACAUGAACGCUAUUGCUAAGGCUUUUACUGAUUUCUAUUAUCAAACUUUUGAUCGUUCUAGACAAGAAUUAGCUUCUCUUUACAGACCUCAAUCCAUGCUUACUUUUGAAGGUCAACAAUUCACAGGUGUUCAAAAUGUUAUUGAAAAGUUAGCCUCUCUUCCUUUCCAAAAAGUUCGUCAUCAAGUUUCUACUAUUGAUGCUCAACCUGGUAAUCCUAAUGGUGACACCAUCAUUGUUGCAGUUACCGGUGCUCUUUUGGUCGAUGAUGAACAAAACCCUCAAAUGUUCUCUCAAACCUUCCAUUUGGUUCCUGAAGGUUCUUCUUAUUGGGUAUUCAAUGAUAUUUUCCGUUUGAAUUAUGCUUAAAGAAUUCGAUAAUAAAUAUAUACAUGUAUAUAAAUAUAUAUAAAUAUA